UCCACAGAAGCGGUUUCGGCUGUCCUAAUGCAUGUACACGCACACACACGCGGGUACAAAAGCAGCUUCUCUGGUGUCAGCAAGAAGCACACGCAGCACCGGAGACAGCCGAAGCAGCAGCAGAAAGAACGACACGUCCCGAGAGCUGCUGCUGGCGAAACUCCUCAGAGAGUUCUUCAGAAACACUCCUAGAUAAAGACUCCCUCCAGCUGCUUCUCUUCUUCCUCCUCCCCAUACACCACUGCUCCCAGGCUCCUUUUCUUCUCUUUGCCCCAGUCCUGCUCAUAUUUACAACACCACCAGCCAUGAGUCUUGAGUCCUCUGAUUCCUCUUUGAAAUGGAGACUACCUUCAAGGUUCGCUUCUUCUAGCAGCUCUGGCAAUUCUAGUAAUCCUAGCAACUCAAACAAAAAAUUGCUCUUGAAAUUCACCUCCACAAAAGAACUACCCCAGCUACCAAAAGAGGUCCGACAACAAAUCCAGAGACACCACCAGAAUCAACUGUUGAACCAUCUUCAGGCUCCAGAUUUUGGCUUUGAAAAUCCUUCGUUGUCUGCUACUUCUUCAAGUUCAAAUUCAACCUUGCUCUUGCAAUCUCCAAAUUACCCAAACUAUUCAAGCAACUCAACCAUCACAAAUAAUUCCAUUUCAAACAAGUCCUCAUAUUCUAAUAUAUCAAGUAUUCCAAACAUGUCAAACAUAUCAAAUAUUCCAAAUGGUUCGCCAAAACCCUUUGCAAAGAAGUUCCAUUCUCGUUCUCAUUCUCAGGGAAAUAUCAACACCAAUAUCAACAGCAUUAAUAAUAUCAAUAACAAUAACCUCAAUGUAAAUAACAACUAUAGCUCAAAACUAAUGAAAUACUCUUCUCACUCAACUUCAAACUCCUCUUUAUCCUUAUCAUCUUCAAAAUCGCCUAAAUCCCUAAAAUCUUCAAAACCACUAAAAUCACUAAAACCAUCAAAAUCUCCAAAACCUCCAAAGCCAUCAAAACCACCAAAACAAUCAAAGCAAUUGAAAAAGUCAAAACAUUUAAGAUCUUCCUCCUUGAAUUCUGCAACAACAAUAAAUUUCAUAGACUUUUCAAUCUACCCAAAUAAAGAAAAAUCAAUUCACCUAUCUCCUCCAAAAGUUAGACCUUAUAUUUAUACGAAUAAUUCUCUCAGAAAGAAAAAAAACUUGGACUCUUUAAACAGAAAUUCAAACCUGAGUAAUAAUAGCCUAGUAUGCAAUUUUUGUAAUGAAGAUCUAGAUAUAACUCUAAAUAACACCAACAACAGUAAUAAUAAUCAUCAAAUCGAAAAAAUCAUCAAAUUAAAAUGUAAUUGUUCUUCUCAUGAAACUUGUCUAAAAAUCUUUGUAGAAGAUAAAAAAUCCAGAAACUCGAGUAACAUCAAUAUCAUCAAUAACAUUAGCCACAUUAAUAUCCACAAAUAUGAUCUAAUUUUUCCUGAUUGUCCAGUAUGUAACCUCAAAGCUAUACCAAAAUUGGAUCAAUUCAUUGACCAUUUUGUCACUUUAUAUCUUUUAUAUGAACCAACUCCUUCUUUUGCAAACAUGUUUUCUGAUUAUAAUCAUAACAAUAAAACUACCAAUUCCACUCACAAUUUAUCCAGAAAUCAAUUUUAUAAUCAAAAUACUAAACAAAAUCAUCCAAUUGACUCAUAUAAUACCAAAAACAUGAGUUCCCAACAAAAACAAAUUCCUCCUUCUUCCAAUAAUGACAACAAUAACAAUAAUAGUAACAAUAAUCUACUUCUACUGUCCGAAAUCAGAUACUCACUUUCUUCAAAUUCUUCUACAAAUUCGAACUCAAGAGGUAGAAAAGGCCAUGAGAAGAAACUCUCAAGAGGUUCUUCUAUUUCUGCUGUUUCCUCAAUAGUAUCAUCAGCCUCAAGAUCACCAUCUCCACCUCAAAUGUCUUCUAGAAAUACCAUGGAUUCAUUUUAUGGAAAUCAAAGAAAUCUUCGUGAUUCAACCAUGAGUUUGUCCAGUUUUUACGCCAACUCACUAAACUCAUCAAUCAACAAAUCUACUUAUUACAAUAGAAUCCCCCCAUCUUAUUUAAGAGAUAAACUAAUCUUGCAUUUAAUCUCAAAAUUAAACACUAAUGCACCAAACAGAAAGAUUUUAUUGAAAGACUCAGAUUUUGACAAUUUUGGCACCUUGAGAUUGGCAGACCAGCUAUCAAUUUCAAUUAAUAAUAGCAAUCGUUUUACUCAAAGAAUUUUGUAUUUAUUUUCAGAAGUCUUGAUAAUUAUAAAUUUAAAUUAUAACAAAUUCAAAAUUAUUCAAUUCAAAGACAAUGAUUGUGGAAAUAAUUCCCCAACUGUUGAAACACCAACCUCAAAAACUUUAAAGUGGGAUAUCAACAAUAAAGAAGUUUGUUCAGUCUAUCUAUCUCAUGAUGAUGUUAAAAAUGUUCUUGAAAAAUGGGGUGCUGCUUUAUGUGAUAGUGAAUUUGUUUUUCCUUCUGAAGUCAUAACAACCACUUUAAAUGUUGUUAAUGAAGGUCCUUCUCCAAUCCAAGAAGAGUUCAAUGUUCAUGAACCUGAAAACAAAUCUGUCAACAUGGCUUUGCAACCAGAUUUUAAUAAUAGUACCACUCUUGAACUUGUUAAUGAUUUUCAUGAUAAUAAUGAUAAUAAUGAUAAUAAUGAUAACAAUGAUAAUAGCGAUAUUAAUGAUAUUAAUGAUAAUAUUCAUGAAAUUGAUAAUAAAAAUAACACUAAAGAUAGUUUUGAAAAUAAUAUAUUUGACAAUGAUAUUUUCGAUCACAAUGUUUUUGAUGAUAGUAAAACUGAAAAUGAAAAUGUCUUUCUUAAUAAUAACAUUUUUCUUUCAGGUUCAUUAAGUGAAAAUUCCUCUAAUGAAACCACUCAGAAAUCUUUUAAAAUUAACUCAAUAACAAAUGUUAAUAAAGCUACUAAAAAACCUUCAAAUUUAAUUUUUAUUUUCAAUACAGAAAUUGAUUUAUCAAAAGACCUGCAAAUAAGUUUACUAAACAUACUAAGAGCACUAUCUUUGAAAAUUAAAAAUAUCUAUAUUAUUGAGACGUUUAACGACUUUAAUUCAUACUAUUGUGAUGGCCCAUUGUUGGUCAAUAACAAUAUUAAUAAUAAGUUUUUGGAUAAUUUGGGGAUAAUAAAUCACUCAAUUUUGAAAAAGUUUGACAUUAACACAUUAUAUAACCAAGAAAUAGUAUCAAAUGAAGCUAGUAGUGAUUUAAAUAUAUUAUAUUUAUCAACUCAACAGAUACAUAGCCUUCCAAACUUUAACAAAGAUCAUCAAGAACUUGUCUUGGAGCUUCCCAGCAUAAAGAAUGAAAGUGAAAUGUCCUCUAUAAAAAGAAAUACAGAUUUGGCCAAAAGAGUUGUUUUUGUUCAUUCUUGGGAUAGCCUAAUGGAAGUAAUCUGCAGCUCAUUUAGCAUUUCCUUCGAUGAUGACGAUUCAGACGAAGAUUCAGAAGAAGAUCCAGACGAAGAUUCAGACGAAGAUGACUCAGAUAAUAAUUUUGAAAGCAAAUCAAAACAACAUCAUUUACAAAUACAUCGAAGUUUAACCGAUGCAGAAAAAACUGACUUCAAUGACAAUCACACUGUGGAUCUAGGAGUCUUCGCUGAGUAUGGAAUUGAGCAAAGUCACUCAAGUGAAGAUACUUCUGACUCGAACUCUAAUAUGGAUGUUGAUAAGAGUUUGUCGUUGUAUGAAAAUGAUAAUGUUUCUAACAAUAUUUCUCCUGCUAAUCACAAAGCUACUGAUUCGGAUUCUGGUUGGAUCAACCUUUUUCAGGAUAUUGAUAGUGCUAUAGACAGUUUCCAUCUCUGAUAUCCACAAUAAUAUUUUUUAUUUCUAACUAUGUUUUUAUAUUGACUUUUUUGUUUUUCUUCUAUCUGUUUAUGUUUUUGUAUUUUCUUGGGUUUAAUUUUAUCUUUUGAUGCUUUUAUUUUUCUAUUUAACGUUUUUAAAAAUUUCUAUGGACAUUAACUGCUUAAU